CAGUAAAACAUCAACCAUAUGUGGAUACAGCGAAUGUUUUUUCUCAGCACCAGAAUACGAAGUAACCCAACACAUGAUCACAGACCAUGGACAUAAGCCAACCAAUAAAAAUAAAAAAUUCUAUUGUUUGUACUGUGACUAUAAUACAUCCUAUAAACAUUUAUUGCAAAGGCAUACAUAUGUGAAACAUAAAGAACAAAAUGAGUUUGCGAUAAGCAUGAAAACUUACUGUUGUAUUUACUGUGACUUUACAACCAUGGAAAAUCGUAAUUUACAGAACCACAUAUUUAGCAAGCAUAAAAAACAAAAUGAUGUAGAAAAUGGAGUAAAACUAAAAUUAAAAACGUACUCUUGUGUGUACUGUGACUUCACAACAAAGUCGAACCGUAAUUUUCAGAAACACAUCUAUUUAAAACAUAAAAAACAAAAUGAGUUAGAAAAUAAAGUAGAAAUAAAAAUACAAACCUACUCUUGCGUGUACUGUGACUUUACAACAAUUGAAAACCUGAAGCUACAAAACCACGUCUUUAGCAAACAUAAAGAACAAAAUCAGUUGGAAAAUAAAGUGACAGUAAAAAGAAAAACUUGCGUGUACUGUGACUUCACAACAAAUAGAAAUCGUAAUUUACAAAACCACGUCUAUAGCAAACAUAGAGAACAAAAUGAUUUAGAAAAUAAAGUAGCAUUAAACAUACAAACGUUUUCUUGUGUGUACUGUGACUUUAAAACGCUUACUGAGCAAUUGUUGAAUAUCCACAUCUUCAGCAAGCAUAGAGAACAAAACAAGUUGGAAAAUAAAAUUGAAAUUAAAAUAAAACCGUACUCGUGUGUUUACUGUGACUAUUCUACAUAUCGUAAUCAAUCAUUGCAGAAGCACUUAUUUAGAAAACACAAAAAACAAAAUGAAUUGGAAAACAAAGUAGCAAUAGUAAUAAAAAUUCACUCCUGCGAUUACUGUGAAUUCAAUACCGUGGAAAAAACACGUUUCAAAGCCCACCAAGCUUUAUGUAAAAAUACAAAAUAGAUGAUAGAUAGACUCAAAGAACAAAAACGUCCACAAUGACUGGUCUUUAAAUUAUCAAGAACGCGAUAUUCAAGUUGUGACACUUCUAUAUGACUAUAAUACAUCUUAUUAUUAUCAAAACGUCAAAGAUUAUUGUUUCUAAUUUUGUAUAGUUAUUAUAUUAGUGGAACUUAUCUUAAUAGGUUGUGAUCAAAGAAAUGUUAAUUUAUUAUAUCAAACUUUUUAACAAUAAAUAAAAUGAUAAAUA